UUAAAUGGCACUGUGUGCGAGAAGUUUAUGUGAGUGAUUGUUUAUAACUUUUCUGGAGAAAUAAUGUUAAAUAACCGUUUACCAUUUGAAAUUGUGAUAAUCCUCGGCGCGGUUAAGUGAGUUUAUCUUCAAUUAGGCCAGGCUUGCGUUAACCUGUUUUUAUUCCGGUACCAAACAGUUUGUUUUGUCUACGUGAAUUUUAGUGUGUCAAUAAUGGCCGCCUGAGAAAUUUGACAAUAUGCUUUUGUCGUUAGUUUUCCGGUAAAGGGCGUCGAUUCCAAUUGCGGAAUCGAUUUUUUAAGCAAAAUUUUUAAUCGUAAUUAAACCAUGGCCGACAGUAAUCAGAGAUGCCCCAAAAUUAUGGUAUUCCGGCCUACUUGGGAGGAAUUCAAAGACUUUGCCUCGUACGUGAAACACAUGGAAUCCAAAGGUGCACAUAAAGCUGGCCUAGCCAAGGUAAUACCGCCUCCAGAAUGGGUGCCUCGCAAAUCUGGCUACAAUGUUGAUGAUUUGAAUGUAACAAUACCCGCGCCAAUCUGCCAGGUGGUAACUGGGAAACAGGGUUUGUACCAGCAAAUUAACAUACAAAAAAAGGCAAUGACGGUAAAGCAGUACCGGGAACUGGCGAAUAGCGAGCGUUACGCCACCCCCAAGCAUUUCGAUUAUGAGGAUUUGGAACGCAAGUAUUGGAAAAAUAUAACAUACGUGGCCCCCAUUUAUGGAGCAGACGUGUCUGGGAGUUUGACAGAUGACGACGUGGAUGAGUGGAACAUCAAUAGGUUGGGCACGAUUUUGGAUUAUGUCAACGAGGACUACGGGAUAUCCAUCGAGGGCGUAAAUACUGCUUACUUGUAUUUCGGCAUGUGGAAAACGACGUUUGCCUGGCAUACAGAGGACAUGGACUUGUAUUCAAUUAAUUUCUUGCAUUUUGGCGCCCCAAAAACUUGGUACGCCAUUCCGCCAGAACACGGCCGCAGAUUGGAACGGCUGGCCAACGGCUUUUUCCCAGGCUCCUACAAGACGUGUCAGGCGUUUCUGCGGCACAAAAUGACCCUCAUAUCUCCUCAAAUUCUAAAGCAAUAUUCCAUUCCAUACAAUAAGAUUACCCAAGAGGCAGGGGAAAUAAUGAUCACGUUCCCGUACGGGUACCACGCGGGCUUCAACCACGGCUUCAAUUGCGCCGAGUCGACAAAUUUCGCGUGCGAACGCUGGGUCGAGUAUGGCAAACGGGCCUCGCACUGCACCUGCAGCAAGGACAUGGUCAAAAUUUCUAUGGACACGUUUGUUAAGAGGUUCCAACCGGACCGGUACGACAAGUGGCUGAAAGGCGAGGACAUCGGGCCUCAUCCCGAGGAACCGGACCGCAAAGUCGCGGCGCCUCUGCCUCUUCCGCAAGACAUACUCUGCAACAAGAACAACACGACGCUGCCGCAGAGCUUUCUCGAUGCUCCAUUCAAGAAGAAGCGGGGCGGUCGGAUGAUGUCGUCCACCUACGGGCAUUUGUCCGAGUUUCCGACCGAUCUGCAGCUCGAGCUUAUGGAGGAGGACAAUCUGCCUUUUGGCGACGAAAUCCAGCCCGACGAGCAGCAGCUUGAAGUGCUCGAAGACAUCUGGCUCAAGGCGGGAGAAAUCGAGGCGGAGGACGCGACCAUAUGCGACGCCGGCUACAACGUCAAACGGAACAAGAAGUAUUUCCAGAAGAAGCGCAAGAGUGGCUCCAAAGACAAAGAGGACGCCAAGCGCAAGUACAAGAGGCGGGAACUGCUGAAGGACCCCAACUAUAAUCAUUCGAAGCACAAGCCGGCCAAGAAGCAGUGCGGUAAGAUCGUAGCCAUGGAGGGACGGUCGGAAGUCGGAACUGACAGACGCUCGCCCGACACCGCCGCCUUGGUGCAGUCGUUGCUCGCCAAGGAGACCGACAUGCUGCUGUCGCCGAAGAAGAAGAAGCAUAAGAGCAAAGAUAAGGAGAAGCACAGACAUCGCGACAAACACCACAAGCACCGUCCGCGGGACGAAGCCGCCCCCGCGGCCCAGACGGAGGCGACUCCGGCCGCCGAACCCGAUCCGGAGAACGAGGCGAUCAAGAACCAAAUCGAAAGUAUCAUACGGGCCGCCAACGAGGAGUUCGAGCGCGGCCUCAACCCCCCAAAACCGCCGUCCCCCGUGCCGGUGGCGGUUCCGCCGCCUCCGCCGCACGGUGCUCCAGUUAUACGCGUGGAGCACCGCGCGACGCCCGAGGUCAAGAAAUCCGUCAUGACCGGCACCCAUCGCAAACUGAAUGGCAUGGGCUUCGCCAACGCGUUCCUCGACUUUUUGCAGACCAAGCGGUCGACGCCCGAUUCGAGCGUCAAGAAGAAGAGCCUGAAACACCUGAGGAUCGCGCGAGUCGACGGCACCGUCAAGAUGCAGAAAGUGGGCGUGGUCACUCCACCUAACGGGCGCGUUGUCGUCAACGGUGUCGUCAAAGCGACCGAAGCCCCGCCGGAGAAGCCGGCCGCCCCUUCAACCGUCGUGGCCCCGGUGCCGCCGCCGCCCCCGACUCCUUCAGAACGUAACGUAGUUCGGUACCAGCCGCAACCGCAGCCGUUCCAAACCGUUCUCUACGAUCAAGUCGAAAGGAACCCGCCUAGGCAGCAGCAGCAGCAGCAGAAACAAAUAACCGUCGCCUAUCCCGCGGAGAACACCGUCACUUUGUAUUCGGCGCCGGAGGAAAUCCCGACGAAACUGUCGCUCCAGGUGACGGAGUCACCGGUGGUACAGCGGGUGGCGUCCGCGCCAAACCUCCUCCUGGUUAAUCCGCAGCGGACGAGUUUCUACAGCGUCAAUCCGGUGCAGCAGUACGUGCUGCCGCCGGGGGUGACGUUGAACCCCUGCCCCACCGCCCGCAAACCGAACAACAUAUGGGGCGGCACCGACUACUACAGGGUGAACGCGUGUCCGGAAACGGUCUACGACCACGCGGACCGCUUCUUUCCGAUGACGAGUCGGCCAAUACGAUUGACCGACGACGACGAUCCGGCCGUCAAGCGUCCGCCGCACGGCCUGGACACCGACGAAGGCGAGGACGUCGAGCUGACCAGGGCGCUGCUGGAAGACGUGCAGUCUGAGGUGGUCAUCGAGGGGCUGGAGGAUAUGCCGACACUCGUCGUCGAAGACAAAACGGCCGUGGAAGUGCUGCAAGAAGAGGUGGUGGAGUGCGCGGAGCAAAUCGAUACGGACGAGUGGACCGACAGCUUGCUCGUCGCCGUGCAGGAUGCGGCCGAAGAACUGUAUUGUGCGCGUCCCGCAAAGGAAGAGACGCCGGGACCCAAAGUGGUGGUAGAAGUCGCCGGACCGGAUCCGGGCGCCAAUCUUGCCGGUUUGAGCGUUAGCGAUGUCGAUGACCGUUACAAUUCGGCGGGGUCCACAUGCUCGUGCUGCUCGUCGACGACGUCAGAAGACGAGAAGGAAGAAGCGCCGCCUCCGGCGGUCGCCGCGACGCGACCGACGAAACCGAAUCGGAUGCGGACACUCAAAAUGGGCGCGAACAAAGUGCACCCGAUGACGAACCGCGGCGGCAUCCUUGCCGACGAUUUUCACCGCUUCCAGAAGGCAAAAAUGCGCGAACUGCAAUCCGGCGCGACGUCCAAUUUCUUCGCCAAGUCGCGGUCCAAGUCCCCGCGGACCGCGCGCCGCGGCAACAUCGGCUCCAGGAUGCUUUCCCUGUUCAAGAAGACGAAACAGAAGGGCGGCAAAAUGGAUGAGCCGAAGAGGGACGGCCGCAAUCUGCGGAUCAUCAAGGAUCUGCUCAAGUUGUACCGCGACAGGGUGGCGGCGUCCAAGACCUCCCGGACCUUUCCCGCCGACUCGAACGUCCCUCUGAGCGCCCGUUUGGAACGUAAGAGGGCAAAACUGACGCCGAUCGAGCUCAGAGUGGAAAUGGACGACGUGAUGCAGCGCUUCAGCAAAGAUACGCGCGAGCGUCUCCGAGCGGGCGGCACCCUGGCCGACGUGGCGUCGUUGCCUUGGGCUCGGAGCCGGAAACGCAAAAGCGACAAGAACGGCGGGGGGCGCACGUCCAAAGGGCCCCGGGUGCCGAUCGCGACGGGCGACGUGGUGUGGGCGCGGCACCGCAACGGCCGCUACUACCAGGCGACGGUUAGCCGCGUCAAGGAGAACUACAAGUACGCCGUGUACUUUUACGCGGACCGUAGCUUCUCGAAGGACAUCAGCCUGGAUCACCUGGUGGGUUGGGACCCGCGCGAGAAGGUGACCACGGGGCGCAAGGUGCGCAUCCGGUGGAGCGACGGACAGACAUACGACGCGGAGUGUAUGGGUCAGACGGAGGAUUUUCUGUAUACGGUGUCGUUCGAGGACCUGAGCCGGCUCGAGCUGCACCGGAAUAACGUGUACGCGUUAGACGAGAGCAUCCCGAAACGGAUCGCGACCAAACUGUCUUACGCGUCGGACAUGCGCAACAGGGAGCACCUGUACGAGUUGGAGCGGCCUUUGCCGCAGAAGCGGCCCGUCAAGAAAAAGGGCCGCGACGGUUAGGGCGCGCGUCCCGACGCUCCGAAAGACUGACGAUCGGCGGGCCGGCCGAUACUCGUGAUUACGUUUCCAAGUAUUUCCUCCCCACUUUGCGUUAUCCUUUUGAUUGUUUGUGUCACGUGUGAUAUAAAAAUAAUAAUGAUACGUUAUUUGUAUUUAUUUCGGUAAAAUGUUAAUAACGCAAAUCUGUAAGAUAGAUAUACUUAAUACCUAGCUAGAUAUUUAAUAAAAGCGUUUCAGUUCCGUGGCCCACAUUUUUAUUUGCGUCC